AUGUUGGUAGUAUGCAUAUUAUCCGUCAACGUCCUGGAAAAGUUGCGUUCAAUCUCCAACUGGCUUGAUGGUAGGCCUGACGCCACUGUAUUCGACUAUAUAUAUCGUGUCAAUAUGGGAGCCGGAUUAAAUCUUUACCAGGGAGACAUCGACGGCUUCAAUCCAGAUCGGCGGACCGCCACGACGGCCCGACAGAGGCUGUGGAACACUCGAGUUGUGCCGUAUAUCAUCGAUCCUGUGUUUGAAACCACUGAAGAACAGGAUAUACAUGCUGCUUUGACAGAUUACCAUCAGAAGACAUGUAUUCGCUUCGUCCCUCGGACAAAGGAAAAGGAUUACAUUCGGCUAACAAAGACUGAUGGAUGCUACUCUAAGAUCGGGCGCGUGGGUGGGCAACAGAAUGUGUCGUUGGUAUCGUCCUGCCUCAGAAAAGGCACAGUCAUACACGAACUUAUGCAUGUGCUCGGCUUCUUCCACGAACAGACCCGACCGGACAGAGAUGCGUGGGUUCAGAUCAUUACAGAAAACAUCUUACCAGGCAAGGAGUAUAACUUUGACAAGUUGGACAGUCGACUGGUAGACACCUUGGGCGUGGAGUACGACUACGGCAGUGUUUUACACUACAGCAAGUACGCUUUCAGUACGAACGGCAAUCCCACAAUCCUCCCCACACGUAUGACAUUAGCCACACUCGGACAGCGGAACGGCUUUAGCUAUCUAGACCUCCAGCGGAUCAACCUCCUAUAUAGAUGUGAUAUUCCUGGGCCCCUUUUGGUAUCUAUCAACUCCACGCAGAGUACACAGAGCACGCAGACCACACACAACACAUAUAGCACGCAGACCACUACGCUACAUCCGACUCCGGCUAUCACACCAACUUACCCCAACACUCCGCCCACGAUAUACCCCAUCCCACCAACCUUAAUCCACCCAACACUACCACCAAAGACAGACUUGCCUUCUACAACAGCACCGACUGUGUACCCACACCCACCAUCGACAUCCUCAGCUCUCACUACACAGAUCAGCGCCCAAGCUACCCCGUCAAUGGUGACGUCAGCGGGUUGGUCUCGGUGGUCUGUUUGGUCGUUCUGUAACCUUCAGUGCAUGAGAACCAGGUACCGCUUCUGCUUCAGUAACCAGCGGUCCCAGUGUCCGGGAAGGACGGAGGAGCAACGGCUGUGCACUACAGGAUGUAGAGCGGCGUGGACGUUAGGAUGCUGGCAGAAUAACCUGACCAUCUCCGCCGUGCCUUCCGUCGAGGGUCAGUAUCCGACCCUGACCGGCAAGUACGAAUCGCGCGAAGGUUCAGUCCGGAAGUGCGCGGAUGUUGCGUCGGAUUCAGGUCAUGUGGUGUUUGCUGUGUUUAACAACGGUAUGUGUCUAUCUGGACCAGACGCCCAAAAGACCUUCUACAAAUAUGGCCCGUCCACCGCAUGUAGCUAUACAGGAGAGGGCAGCAAGACCGCCAUGAAUGUAUACACGUUCCAGCAUGAUAUCGACGGCAUGUGGGGACCGUGGACAUACUGGACACAGUGUACACAGAUGUGCAAUGGCGGGAGGAAAUACCGCUACCGAUACUGUAACAGCCCUCCUCCUGUUGGCCACGGCGCCUCCUGUCUAGGACUGGACCACGAGACACAAGCUUGUAACACACAACCAUGUCCAGCGGAUACCAAGUGUGGCGUGAAGUAUCAUACUGGCCUGCCCGGGACAUCCGGCAUCAUCAACGUCGGCGAGUACGACAACUUUAUGAAGUGUGAAUACGAGAUCGUGACGGCCGAGACGGAUCUUACAAUUUCCGUGUCCAUCACUAGAAUAGACCUAGAGUACACACUCAGCUGUAUGAGUGACGCGCUUCUGAUUUUUGACGGCCCCAACGACAACGCGACGUUCCUGGGCGCACACUGUGGAACUGUGCCGCCGGCGUCGGUACUGUCCUCCUCCAACAAAAUAUUCCUCAAAUUCCUGACGGACGAAACGACGACUGGCACCGGUUUCACAGUCCUCUACACAAUUAACCAGAACAUCCGUAAGAGUUGUGUACAGCCAAGAAGACCAGGACAUGGUCGACUAAUCGGUAGUUCACAUUUCGCGGGCGACUCCAUCUUCUUUGAGUGUGACCAUCACUACAAUUUAAUCGGGUCGUCGUCUGUUGUAUGUGUUGACCAGCCAACGUUCGCUGUGUGGUCGGACACCUUCCCCAGCUGUGUACGAAGCAUGACAAGAAAAGCCAGUGAACAACGUCCCGUUCUGUGUUCAUUCGAGGGAAAUCUCUGUGGAUUUAAGCAGCAACGUGACGAUGUUGGCGACUGGGUUGUGGCGGAGGGAGAUGUUGGUCGGUUUCCACAACGACCACUGGCAGAUCAUUCGCAUGGAAUGAUGGGGAAUGGUCAUUUCCUGAUAGCAGAGACGACACGCUUAAAUCGGCCAGGCGACACGACAACAAUCAAGUCCAACACAAUAACACCUACUACAGUACACCAAUGUCUGACAUUUUGGGUCAGAGUUGUCGGUCGUGAUAACUCCUACCUGGACGUGGUCCUCGAGACUCCGGGCCGCAGUGAGAACCUUUUUACAGUUCCCGCGGACACGGCAUUCCGCGAGGGAAAUACCUGGAUGGAGUACAGUGUCACAUUCAAGCCAGUAGAAUCCUACCAGGUAAAACGCGGCACGUUAAUGGUAUCUUCGUAUUUAUAUAAUAGUGUUAAAAUAUAUAUAAUCAUUAAAAUGUUAGUUAAAAAAAAAUUAGGAGUCGAUUUUGCCUCGAAUUUUUCAUCUUGGAAUCGACUUGAAAUUAUUGUGUUUGAUUACGUGGUCGGUGAGGGCUUCGGUAGCUCUGUUGCUUUGGAUGACGUGCUUGUUCAGCCAGGGGCUUGCAUUUUGUAAAUAACAUUAUUUCUGCUUCAGAAGAAUCUCAUAUUCGCAAUAAACUCAGCAAUACAUGUUCCAGAUUUCACUUGACAGAUGUUUUACUAUUUCUGUUAUGCGAUAGCACUUUCCCGCAUUCGAUUUUCUUCGUGGUUUUUUUUACAUUUGGUUGUAGUUAUCAUCGUCCAUAACUCUAAGAAUAUUGUGUUUCUUUCAUGGUAUAAAUAGAAAACAUAGUGUUUUUGAAUAUAAUAUCCCUAUAUCAAUUAUUAGGGAUUUGUCAAUAAAAAUUAUUUUCUCAUCAUAAACGGUUUUUCAAUCAUAACACAUUUACUAAUUACAAUAUAUCCAUUUACUAGUCAUUAUAAAAUCAAUAAUAAAACACAGGAUAACAACAUUAUACAUCAUUUAUUGAUACUAUAAAUGUUUUCGAUGUAACACGAACAUAUUAGUUGUAUUAGCUGGAGAUAGAUAUAUGACAACAAAAACUUCUACGGUAACAUUAAACGGAUAAUAGGAUUUCGAUUGAUGCAUUAUCUUUAAACGUUGUUUGAAACAUUAGAUUCCAAUAUCUUAACCACUACUGAAAUUCUAUUUCAAAUAAAACAAGUGAUGCUCAUUUAGCAAUUUAAUUUUACUUAUAAAAAGUUAACACCAUCCAUAGAGUUCUGAUUUA